AUGACCACCAACGAAGGAGACGUGGACGACGGCGGGUUAGCUGAAGCUGCAGCAGCCGCCGCACCGACGAAUCAACAAAAUCGAGAAGACGAUUCCCAACAACCAAAUUCGAACGAAGACCACGGCGGCAGACAAGAAGAAAAGAAAGGUCCGCCGGAUAUUUCCAAUUUGCACUCGGUGAAAAUCGAUAACUUAUCGUUUGAUCUGACCCAAGAGGAAAUUACGGACAUGUUUGCGUCGUACGGCGAGAUUGGAGAUGUGUAUGUGCCCAGAAACCAUCACACCCAACGAAUGCGUGGGUUUGCUUUUGUUCGAUAUGUGGAAAAACAAUCCGCGGACGCGGCUAUUGACGCGAUGCACGAGAAAGAGAUUGCAGGAAGAAUUAUUCGCGUUGGGAUGGCAGAAGAGAAGAAACCAGAUACGAGAGGGCCGUAUCACUCCAGAGAUAGGGGAGGAUACCAUCGCGGCGGCGGCGACCGAGGAGGUGGAUAUAGAAGAGACGACUAUAAUCGAGGAGGCGGGUAUAGGAGAGACGACUAUAAUCGAGGAGGAGGAGGAGGAGGAGGAGACCGGUAUCAUGAUCGAAGGAACGACAGUGGCCACGACAGACGAGAUGGAGGAUAUUCUCGCGGAGGAGGGAGAGAUUACGAUGACCGCCGAGGCGGGUAUGGGGGCCGGUAUGAAGACCGACGAGCUGGAGCGGGUUACGACGAUAGACGAGCUGGAGCAGGUCAUGACGAUCGAAGAAGAUACGACGAUAAAAGAGGCUACGAUGAUAAAAGACGCUAUGAUGAUAGAAGAGGCUACGACGAUAGAAGAAGUUCCUACCCCGAAGAUAGAAGGGGAGGAGACGGCGGGAACAGAUACGAAGACCGACGAGCUCCUCAGUAA